CUUGUUUGUUCCUUCGGUUCCGCGCCCUCACUCCCACCAGAAAUCCCGAAACAACUGUCCAUACCAAGCCAAGAAUAGAUCGUCGAACGGCUUUGAGCAGCUGCGAAGCAAGCACGGAGUCACUGCUCCCCAGCCACGUCACGUCGACGCUCUUAGGUUUUCGGCCAUGGCUGCGCGUUGUCCAGUCCGAAUGUUGCGAUGCCAGACGAGAUAGGUUUGAUCCGCUCCGUGUCUGCUCGACUGCUCGGCUGCGCGUCUCCGUAUUUGCCGCCCCCUCCUCUCCCCCUCCCCCUUCUACCCCCUUCCAGCACGCAAACCCCGUGGAGCAGUGCUGAUUGGCCCGCAAUUGCGGACAGCUUACAUCACGUUUAGCGCCUCUAAUCGAGUUACUCCAUGGCGCGGACGGCGUUUGAGGACAGCCUAUCGCAGCAUGUGGUGCUUGUGCCCGACCUUAGCCCUGACCUGUUCCGCGGCAUCAAGGUGGCGCGGCUGCUGGCAGCAGCGCCGUUCCUGCUGGCGUUUCUCCUGGCAUCCCUCACCUCCCCCGUGCUCAUCCCCGUCUUCCUCCUCGCCGCUGCCGCCGUGCUCUUCGCGGCCCUGCUUGCCUCCUGGGUGCGGUCCAGAGAUGACGGAGGGAACACGCUAAGGCAGGUGACUGCAGCGGUCCAAAGGGGAGCAUCUACCCUGCGAGCGUCCAUCACAGCAGCAGCAGCCAAGGCGGUGCUCGUAGCAACCAUGCUGGUGGCGCUCAUCCACCUCUCCCACCAAGUCACGCCGCAGCAGGAGGCCACAGGCGUGCACCGCUCCCUGCUGGCCUUCGUGUCGCUGCUCUCGUUUCUCCUGGGGGGGUUCUGCAUGGCCCUGGCUGCGCAGGCUGCUGUGUGGGUGUCGGUCCCCACUGCUGCCAGGAUUGCAGCCGCUGCCAGGCGAUCCACCCAGGAGGCUCUUCAGGUGGCGGUGCGCGCAGCCGGGGUGGCGGCGCUGGUGGUGGCAGCCGUGCCGGUGGUGGGCAUCGGCAUCAACUACAGUGCGCUCCUCGCGUUCUUCCACAUGCGCCUCGCCCCGCUGCCCGCCUCCCUUGCCGCCCACAAGCGAAGGGGGCUCUCUGUGUCUGCUGCCUCUACUGCCAGUGCUGCCUCUGCAAUGGCAUCAGCAGGGCUUAAGCCCACAGAAUUGCCGGCAUUGCUUGUCUGCUUCUGCUUCGGGGCGGCAGUGGUUGCCCUCUUCUUCCACCUCCCGCCGGCCAUCUUCUCCCGCUCGCUGGCUCUGGGCCACAAGCUUAUAUCGAGGAUGGACAGAAGCGCAUCAGAGGCAGCAGGAGGGGGCGCUCAUGUCGUCGCUGUUGCUGAUAUGGUGGGCAUGGGUAUGGCGAGGUGGGCAGCACGGGCGUGUGAGGCGUUUUGCCUGGCAGCAGCAGAAGCAGUGGCGUCCAUGGUGCUGGGGGCACACGUGGCACAGCAGUGCGGCAUUGACAACCCCACUGGUUUCAUCCUCCUGCCCCUCGUGGUCCUCUCCCUAGACCUCCUCACAUCAGCUGCAGCUAUUCUCUCUGUCUCUGCAGCCGCUGCCUCGUCCCGCCUCCCCCACUCCCUCCCCAUAGACUCCUCCUCUUCCUCCUCCUACUCCUCCCCCUCCUUCUCCUCGCACUCGCCUCUCUUCCGCUCCUCUCCCCGCUCCCCCAUGCUGCGGGGCUCCGUGCUGCCCACAGCAGCGGAGGAGGUGGUGGGGUGCAUUUUCAACGGCUAUGCUCUCUCCCUGGUGCUCGCUGUCUCCUCCUUUGCCCUGGCCACCAGGUGGCUGCUAUUCACGGAGCAGGCACCCCUGGCGUGGCUGCACUUCUUCUUCUGUGCUCUCCUCGGCAUGCUCACAUCCAUCCUCCUCCUCCUCUCCUCCUCGCUCCUCUCCGCCCCUCACCUUCCCCCCGUGCGUGCCCUCGCCGUCUCCUCCUCCUCCGGCCACGCCUCUAACAUUUCCUCCGGUCUCGCCCUCGGGAUUGCCGCCGCUGCCCCGCCGGCUGUCAUCGUGGGGUUGGCGGUGGCGGCGGCGGUGUGGCUGGGGCGGAAUUCGGGGCUGGUGGAUGGGAAGGGGGAGCCGGCGGGGGGGCUGCUGGGGCUGGCUGUUGCUGUUAUGGGGAUGCUGAGUAGCGGGUGCUUCUCCCUCACUACUGACUUGUUCCAACUGGCCGUGGGGCAUGCUGGCUUGCUGUGUAAAGUCAUGGCUCAGCACCAGAAGCAGCAGCAGCAGGGGCAGAUGCAGGAGCUUAGCCUCGGCCCCCCGGCAGAUGACAUGUCGGUACAGGACGGGGCAGGCAUUGUUGUGGACCACGGUGCAGCAGCAGCAUCGCAGCACCUGCUGUCGCAACCCAUGUAUGCAGCUGCAGCUGCAGCCGCAGAUGAAGCAGCAGCAGCAGCGGUGGGCGGUGUGGGGGGUGAAUCAGCAGUAGUGAAUUUAGGUGCAGGGAUGGCAGCAGGAGGCAAUGAAGCAGCAGGGAUGGCUGGCGAUCCAUCAUCCUACCAACACUCCUCCUCACUUCCACCCCACCCUCCCACAUCGGCAACAACACUAUCAUCGUCACCGGCAGCGGCAGCGGUGCUGCGAACGCCAGUCAGUCCGUUGGAGGCAGCAGCAGUAGCUGUGGCAUCCGCCACCCGGGGCAUGGGGUGUGGAGCCUCCGCCCUCUGCUCCUUGCUGCUCGUGCACGCGUUUAUCGCCCUCGUCUCCUCUUAUUCCGGUGCUGCCCUGCGCGAUGUUGAUUUCUUGCGGCCGGAGUUAAUGGUGGCGUGCAUGGUGGGGGCGGCAGCAGUGGUCGGUGGGGUGGCAAUGGCAGCAUCUGGCGUCACUCGGUGCACGGCCAUUGUUGUGAGGGAGGGGCGGAGGCACCUGCACCACCGUGCAGAGGAGAAGGCAUAUCCGCGUGCCCCCAUGGUUCUGGACGACCCGUCUCGCUUCGUGGCGUCAGUGGCUGCAGUCAGCCUCAGGGAGCUGCUGCUGCCGGGGCUGCUUGCUGUCGCUGCACCUAUUGCUAUUGGUGUCAUAGUGCGAUCUGUGGGCAAGGCCACCCAACAGCCCCUCUUGGGAGCGAGGGCGGUGGCAGCGCUGCUGCUGGUGGCGGUGCUGGUGACGCUGCUGCUAGCUGCAUUUUUCAACGGGGCUGGCAGUGCGUGGAGGGGAGCAAGGGACGUGGUGGAAGCGGGACACCUGGGAGGGCCGGGGAGCGAAGCGCACAAAGCCACCAUCACGGGCGACACGGUUGGAGGCACUCUGAGGGAAACUCUGGUGCCCACACUUCACAUCCUCCUCAACCUGUUGGCCACCGCUGCUCUAGCAGCUGCUCCUCUAUUUUUCGAACACUAGUUUCUGUAUCCAAUGCGUCGCAUAGAAUGUCGUAUUUGGCACUGAGUGCCCAAGCAACAGUAGGAUUCAUCUUGGAAUCCAAUCAAGAUGUCCUCCUAAUAUCCGUUCAGUUAUAAUAUUGUGGGUUAUUAUAUGGGGUACUUGUGAAAUGUGGAAUAUAUGCUAUGUACGCGC